UUCAGCCUCCAGGCUGUCAGACAAAUCCGCCUAUCGAGGGUGGAGACUGGAGAGCGGAGGUCGCCUGCCACUUUCUGCGACGCCGACCGGACACCAUGGCGGACAGCCGGGAUCCAGCCAGAGACCAGAUGAAGUUAUGGAAGGAUCAGCGGGCUCGCCAGAAGCCCGAUGUCCUGACCACUGGAGCUGGAAAUCCCAUUGGAGACAAGCUUAACAUAAUGACAGCAGGCCCUAAAGGGCCCCUCCUGGUUCAGGAUGUGGUUUUUACAGAUGAAAUGGCUCACUUUGACCGAGAGAGAAUUCCCGAGAGAGUUGUGCAUGCCAAAGGAGCAGGGGCCUUUGGCUACUUUGAGGUCACACAUGACAUUACCAAAUACACCAAGGCCAAGGUAUUCGAGCAUGUUGGGAAGAGGACUCCCAUUGCUGUCCGAUUCUCCACUGUUGCUGGAGAAGCAGGCUCAGCAGACACCGUUCGUGACCCUCGUGGCUUUGCAGUGAAAUUUUACACAGAAGAUGGUAACUGGGAUCUUGUUGGAAAUAAUACUCCUAUUUUCUUUAUAAGGGAUGCCAUAUUGUUUCCAUCUUUUAUCCACAGUCAAAAGAGGAACCCUCAAACACAUCUGAAGGAUCCAGACAUGGUCUGGGACUUCUGGAGCCUUCGGCCUGAGUCUCUUCAUCAGGUUUCUUUCUUAUUCAGUGAUCGUGGGAUUCCAGAUGGGCAUAGACACAUGAAUGGAUAUGGAUCGCAUACUUUCAAGCUGGUUAACGCAAAUGGAGAAGCUGUUUAUUGCAAGUUCCACUAUAAGACUGACCAGGGCAUCAAAAACCUCACUGUGGAGGAUGCAGCCAGACUUUCCCAGGAAGACCCAGACUAUGGCCUCCGAGACCUCUUCAACUCCAUCGCCACAGGCAACUAUCCUUCCUGGACAUUCUACAUCCAGGUCAUGACGUUCAGUCAGGCAGAAACUUUUGAAUUCAAUCCAUUUGAUUUAACCAAGAUAUGGCCGCAUAAGGAAUACCCACUUAUCCCAGUUGGUAAACUCGUCUUAAACCGGAAUCCAGUUAAUUACUUUGCUGAGGUUGAACAGAUCGCCUUUGACCCAAGCAACAUGCCCCCUGGUAUUGAGCCCAGCCCUGACAAAAUGCUUCAGGGCCGCCUGUUCUCCUAUCCUGACACUCACCGCCACCGCCUGGGACCCAACUAUCUUCAGCUCCCUGUGAACUGUCCCUUCCGUGCUCGAGUGGCCAACUACCAGCGCGACGGCCCCAUGUGCAUGCAUGACAAUCAGGGUGGUGCUCCCAAUUACUACCCCAACAGCUUCAGUGCUCCAGAGCAGCAGCCUCGGGCCCUGGAGCAUAGUGCUCAAGUCUCUGCAGAUGUACGACGCUACAACAGUGCCAAUGAAGACAAUGUUACUCAGGUGCGGGCAUUCUAUACCAAAGUGCUGAACGAAGAGGAAAGAACUCGCCUGUGCCAGAACAUCGCCGGCCACCUGAAAGAUGCACAGCUUUUCAUCCAGAAGAAAGCGGUCAAAAACUUCAGUGACGUGCAUCCUGACUAUGGGGCCCGCAUUCAGGCUCUUUUGGACAAACACAAUGCUAUGAAAUCUAAGGGCGCAAUUCAUACCUUGAUUCAACAUGGCUCUCACUUGGCGGCAAAGGAGAAAGCUAAUCUGUGAAGUUGGGGGGCCCCCUUUCUGCAGCCUGAAUUGCUCUCUGCCUUGGAAGCAAGCCUAGCAUAAUCCACUCAACAGCCUACUUAUACUGGAUUAGAAGAUUCUCCCUUGUUAGAUGCGCAGAUGCAAGAUAACAUUUUCAAGUGAUGAGCCAAGAUUCUAAUAGCAAAUAAUAUAAUAACAGCUUCGACUGCUGCUCCCCCUAGGGGAUAAUGAAGGUUAAGGUUUAACAAUCAUUUAACACAGUUUUUUGCUUUAGACAGUUGGUUGGAUUAUUCACUUAAAAAGACUAGAAUAAAAUCUUUUUUUUGGACAGAUGUUACUUUGAUCCAUAAGAGAAAAAAAAUCACUUGUGAAAUUGAUAUGUUAUGGCCAAUUAUGUAAAACCAUGGCUAUCGUUGUAUAAUAAAUGAUAAAAGUAAUCUACUGAAGAAUUUUAAUUUUUCUAAGUUCUUAAAGGAAAGAUAGUGCGUUGAUGUCUUUCUUGAGUGACUUUAGUACCAUCAUGAAACAUGUUUAUUCCUUCUUGGAAUAGAUCAAAUUUUCAUAUUUUAAACUUGGAAUUACAUUUAUGCUGAUACAGCAUUGAUUUUUGCAAGAUUGAUUUGUAAUUGCUUACAUUUUUACAAUAAAAUAAUCUAUAUAUAAGAA